AUGGAGCGGGUGAGCGAGGCCGCCGCCUGCGGCCCCUCGGCGGGCUGCUACACCUACCAGGUGAGCCGGCACAGCGCCGACGUGCUGCACAGCCUCAACCAGCAGCGCAAGAACGGCGGCCGCUUCUGCGACGUGCUCCUACGCGUGGGCGACGAGAGCUUCCCGGCGCACCGCGCCGUGCUGGCCGCUUGCAGCGAGUACUUCGAGUCGGUGUUCAGCGCGCAGCUCGGCGACGGGGCAGGUGGCGGCGGCGGCGGCGCGGAGGGGAGCGCGGCGGAGGCGGCGGCCGGCGGGGCUGCGGCGGCGACCGGCGGCGCCCCCGGGGGCGGGCGGGAGCUGGAGAUGCACACCAUCAGCUCCAAGGUGUUCGGAGACAUCCUGGACUUCGCCUACACGUCGCGCAUCGUGGUGCGGCUGGAGAGCUUCCCGGAGCUCAUGACGGCCGCCAAGUUCCUGCUGAUGCGCUCCGUGAUCGACAUCUGCCAGGAGGUCAUCAAGCAGUCCAACGUGCAGCUCCUCGUGCCCCCCGCACGCCCUGACAUCAUGCUCUUCCGUCCGGGGGCUGCCGACCUCGGCUUCCCUCUUGACAUGACCAACGGUGCCGCUUUGGCGCCCAAUGGCAAUGGCAUCGCUGGCAUGCCUGAAGACGAGGCCACGCGGGCUGCGCUCAGCGCUGCGCAGUCCUCCCUCCCUGUCCUGCAGGGUGUGGACCGCCUGCCCAUGGUGGCAGGACCUCUGUCCCCGCCGCUGCUGGCCUCACCCUUCCAGAAUGUUGCUGCUAGUGCCCCCACUUUAAGCACCAAGAGGGGCAGAGGGCGUCCCCGUAAAGCCAAUCUCUUGGACUCCAUGAUGUUCGGUAGCCCAGGGGGCCUGCGGGAGGCUGGGAUCCUGCCUUGUGGUCUCUGUGGGAAGGUGUUCACGGAUGCCAAUCGUCUUCGGCAGCACGAGGCUCAACACGGGGUGACGAGCUUACAGCUGGGCUACAUAGACAUCCCACCCCCACGGCUGGGUGAAAAUGGUGUUCCUGGUCAGGACGACCCCGACGCGCCUCGAAAAAGAAGCAGGACGAGGAAACAGGUGGCCUGUGAGAUCUGUGGCAAGAUUUUUCGGGACGUGUACCACCUGAACCGGCACAAGCUGUCACACUCUGGCGAAAAGCCUUACUCUUGUCCGGUGUGUGGCUUGAGGUUCAAGCGGAAAGACAGGAUGUCCUAUCAUGUUCGAUCGCACGAUGGCUCUGUGGGAAAGCCCUACAUCUGCCAGAGCUGUGGAAAAGGCUUUUCCAGGCCAGACCACUUGAAUGGACACAUCAAACAGGUGCAUACCUCAGAGAGACCUCACAAGUGUCAGCAGGAAAAUGGCAGCCACCAUGGAAUAAGCUCAGAGACAUCCACAUCCAUAGAAAAGUUGAAACUUCAAGAGACCUGCAAUGCUUCCUUUGCCACGCGGGACCGGCUGCGCUCACACCUGGCGUGCCACGAGGACAAGGUCCCGUGCCAGGUGUGUGGGAAGUACCUGAGAGCAGCAUACAUGGCAGAUCACUUGAAGAAGCAUAGUGAAGGACCAAGCAACUUCUGCACUAUCUGUAACCGAGGUUUCUCCUCUGCCUCCUACUUAAAGGUCCAUGUUAAAACCCACCACGGUGUUCCCCUUCCCCAGGUCUCCAGGCACCAGGAGCCCAUCCCGAAUGGGGGAGCAGCGUUCCACUGCGUCAGGACCUAUGGCAUCAAAGAAGGCCAGAAAUGUUCACAUUCGGACCCGACUGAGAGUUCUGAUUCAUAUGGAGACCUCUCUGACACCAGUGACCUCAAGACUCCUGAGAAGCAGAGCACCAAUGGGUCCUUCUCGUGUGACCUGGCAGUCAGCAAAAACAAAAUGGAGAUGGAAGGAGAGAAGAAGUACCCGUGCCCCGAAUGCGGAAGCUUUUUCAGAUCCAAGUCUUAUCUGAACAAACACAUACAGAAAGUGCACGUCAGGGCCCUUGGUGGCCCUCUGGGGGACCUGGGUCCUGCUCUGGGAUCCCCCUUCUCACCCCAACAGAACAUGUCUCUUCUGGAGUCCUUUGGGUUUCAGAUCGUCCAGUCAGCAUUUGCAUCAUCCCUUGUGGAUCCAGAGGUCGACCAGCAACCAAUGGGGCCAGAGGGGAAAUGAGAUCAGUUGGAUCUUAAAGCAAAGCAGCAGUCUGGCUCUGAUGAUAAGAUGCUGUGAAUGAAAGGAAAUAAUGAAAUUUGGUUCUAUAGCUGAGAAUUUUUUAUUCAUUUUAGCUUCCUUCUUUGUCUCAUGCCCUACCCCACCUUUAAACCUUCACUGGGGAGAGGGAGAAAAUGCUUCUUUAGCUGAUAAAUUACAGAAGAUGGUGGCCUUGAAUAGGAGAUAUGACCCAAAACAAAUGGAGCUUUAGAGGCUGCUGGUGGUGUUUUCCUCGUGUUCUUUGAGAGUAAUCAAGAGUUACCAGCACUGGUCUGAGAUGAGACAGUCCUAGUGACCGAGGCACCCGGGGAGCUGCAGCUACAGGGAGCUGUGAUUUUGUUCUCCCUCUAUUCCCCUGCCCUCCCUAAACUCCCCCAGAAAAACAGUAAGUUUAAAAAACAGACCCAUUAUUGAAUAUAACGUUAAGUAAAAUGCCCCAUGGUUCCUAGCAGGUUACAAUGCAGUUGUCCUUUUAAAACCAGAAACAUUUAAAGAAGGUGAGAGAAUUUGAUCCCCUUCUGCCUUUGUGAGGCUGUGAGUGCUGCAGCAGGACUGAACUGCUGAGAAAAAUCACCUUACAGAACAGGUUGUUUUUAUUACUUUUGACCAUUAAACUUGCUGUCAGGUUUUUAAUUCUUUAUUAUUAUUAUUAUUUUAGGACCUGUUGUAGUGAAUUGCUACUGAAAAGCCAGUCUAAGGCGGUACACAGAGCACUCGUAAAGCAGCAGUCACAUUAGGGUUAGUAUGAGAUUUCUUUUUUUUUAGAUGUACUAUAAUUAAUAACUUGGCUAGUUGGUUGUUUUAAGUCUAUGAAAGAAAUAGUUUUUAUUAAAAUAAAAAAAAAGAAAAAAAAAAAAGGAAGGAAAAAUACCAUUACAGUCUGGUUGACUGGUGCUCAUUUUUCAUGUGGGGACCUAGGGGAUGAACACGAUCAGCUAUCGGGUUAACACUAUGUACCACUGACUUGUUUAGUGUGAAUAAACCCAGGGGUUCACAGAGUGAUUUUGAUUUAAUUGGAUUGGACUCUAUUAAAGAAGUUAGUAUGUUACUUUGCAUCCCCUCGUUUUGUCUGGUUUUUGAGCAGUUUGGCCACCUGUCCAAAAGGUGUGCAAAUGAGAGCCAGUAAUGAAAUGUGAAUCCCACUCUGCACUGUGCUGUAUUCUCAGUGAGCUGGGCUUUUUGGCCAGUUGUGCUCUCCUGAUCUGUCUCUAGUCAGGUUUGCAAAAGCCACUGUUACUCCUUUCUUUUCCAAAUGAGGUGAGAAUUGCAAACAGCAUCUUUUUGAAAAAUAAUUGGUUACAAAAUGCAAAGAAGCUGCACUCCAGGCUGUUGGACAUUCCAUUUAAUCUGAAAAUACCACUUGUGCAGAAAUAAUGUCCUUUCUUGACCCUCCCUUUCCUUCCAUGUAACUAGUCAUGGUUUUAUGUACCAAACCCAGGUAUAAAUGUUGUUUAACACAGGGUUAGGAGUUAGGAAUACUCUGAGUUUUAAUUAUGGUUCUGCUGUUGAUGCUCAAAGUCACAAAGAACAGUUUCCUGAAUUUAUUCCUUAUUUUCAUAUCUGUGAAGAAUCUUCUCUACAUCACAAUUGUUGAGAGAGUUAUUGAGCAAAGGUUUAAGUAGUGAUUUGGUAAACUGCUUUGUGUAUUGAAUGUUUCUAAAAAGGCCAUUCUGAGAGCCCAUGUCCUGCCCCAAACAUGCAUCCCAUGAGACAAUAUCUGCCUCCAUCAUUAGUGCAGUGCUGGAGCAGGACAGACCCUCUUGGACCAGGUUCUCAUUUGCUGCAGGAGAUUUGUGUGUGCAGACAUGCACAAAGUGUUCUUGUGCUACUGCCUGCAUUGCCCAGGUGCUUCUAACCCAAACCCUGCAGCUGAUGCUUCACUGAUAUUCCAAAUUUGGUUUUAUGUUAGAAUUAGAGAGGCCUUUGUAAGUAUAUGGAUUUUGGAAUUACAUUCUAAAUUCUACAGAGUUAGAAGACCCAGAUUCCCUCUUGUAAGAAGCUACUUUUUGUACUUGCUCUCCACUAUUAUAAAUCAAGGAUGAAUAAUCCAUGGCUUUCUCUUUAUAGCACCAGCACUUUCUAAAUUGAGAGCAUGUUGCAGUGGACUUGAUGUUUUGCUAUUAAUCUGUGUUGGGAGACUGAAGGACAUGUUCUUCUCCAGUCAUCUCCUCCCAGAAUCCUGCAAUAGGUAUGAGCCUCAUUUAAAAGGAAAAAGCAGUGAAACAAACAAACCCCACCACUAAAGCUUCAUGGAAUUGCUCUUGUACUGGUAAGAUUAGUAGACAGGUAAAAACAGAAUAUCUUAGACAAGUGACAAAACUUUUUAAAAUACCUUACAAAUCUAGUGCUGAGGCAACCUUGUAAGCUCCUGAGCAAAUCAGGAGAGAGGCUUUCCAGUCAGCACAACAAUUUGUUGGGAUUAGCAAAUGCAGCUGCAGUCACUGAUUUACUAAUAGCUCAUAAUUAAUCCACAAGGGAAAUUUCUGUUGAACUGAGGCUGUAUGCUGAGAGACAGAAGUUUGUGUCCCCAGUGUUCCUACAUGCACUCAAAGGUGCAUUAAUCAAAAAAUUCAACUCCAAAAGCAAGUCCAGAGUACAGAACACUUUCAUCCUACAUUUAUUUCCCCUGACUUUAGUGUUACAAGUGGGCUGAGUUUUGGCUGUAUCUAUCAGAAUUUAAUUUUGAAUGCUACAGAAUUUGACCUGGUGAAACAAAAGGCUUGGUUUAUCUGAAAACCAAGCCUUCAAAAACACUGUGUAUUCUGCUUGUCAAAGAAAAUGCUUACUAAGUUGUCAUGAAUACAUUGAAUGAAAACUACUUACUUCUCAGUCUAGUGGACAGGGAAACAAUUAGACAGGAGGUUAACAAUCCUGAAAUGACAGUUCUAGAUCAUCCUGGUGUAAAUGGGAGAGAUUUGUACCAACACAGGAGGCUGGUGCAGGCCAGUGCCAGCAGGAAAUUGGGCAGAUCUUUAGCUGUGCUGUGUUUUCAGUGCUUUUUGCUUCUUUGGGGGCAUACUGUUCCAUUCUGGACAGUAAUUUAAUCUACAUGCAAAUUCUCUCUAUUCUGUACUUUGGGAAAUGCCUGUUUCUUAUAGAACACGAGACAGAUCCAAACAGAGAACUCAGCCUCACAAGUCCAGAGUUCAAAGGGAAGUAUGUAACAUGCCUUGAGCUGCAGCUUGUUGCCAUGACAUUUGAUUUUUAAUUGGUGUGUAGAUGAUAGUUCUGAUUUGGGCCACCCUCCCUUCCUUGCCUUCCCCUUUGCAGGGACUGCAAGCCAAUGUUUGAGUUGGUGCACAUGUCAAGAAUGAAAGUUCAGUUCAUGCAAAUUUAAAUCAUCAGACUUGGAGUAUUUGUUUGUAUUAUAGGAGUCCCAUAACUCUCAUCUGAGGCUCAAGCCUUGUGUAUUAGGUAUGAUGAAAACA